AAUGCCUCCAUGCAGCAUCACAUACAGUCACAGUUCAUAGUUUACUCACUAUAGAAUAAUGGCAGCUAUAUUUUCAGUUUCUUCUCUGAUCAACUUUCAGAGAGUUACCCCAUGCAAGCCUAAAGCGGUGACGGCCUACAGGUCUGUCAUCAAAUCCGUCGCUGGAAAAGUAAAGGUUCCAGCUCCCCCAAAGCCUACUGUAAUUAGGAGAUCGGGGAACUACAAACCUUGCCUGUGGGACAACAAUUUCUUCCAGUCUAUGAAAACUGAAUACACUGGUGAAGCAAUUGAUGCACGAGCUUCUGAGUUGAAAGAAGAGGUGAGAAUGAUAUUCAAAAAUGUGGCCGAGCCGUUAGAUCAGCUUGAGCUCAUUGAUCAGUUGCAGAGAGUUGGAUUGGACUACCAUUUUCAGGAUGAAAUUAAACAUGCCUUAAAGAGCAUACAACAUAAUGGUCAGAAUAGUGAGACUACUUCUGAUAAGAACUUGCAUGCUACUGCUCUUGAAUUCAGGCUUCUUAGACAGCAUGGGCAUUAUAUAUCCUCGGAGGGCUUUAACAAAUUUACCCAAAAUGGGAUCUUUGAUGAAAGUAUUCAUUCAGAUGUCCAAGGACUGUUAAGUUUGUAUGAGGCCUCAUAUUUUUCUGUGGAAGGAGAGUCCCUCAUGGAGGAGGCUUCGUUGUUAACAAGUAGAUUACUUAAAGAGUGCCUCGAAAAUACCAUGGAUUCGGAUCUCGAGAUGCAAGUGAGACAUGCUUUACAUCUUCCACUACAAUGGAGUGUCCCUGCAUUUGAUGUAAGGUGGUACAUAAAUUUGUAUCAAAGAAGUGGUGUCAUGAUCCCAGCAAUUCUGGAAUUUGCAAAGUUAGACUUUAACAUCAGGCAAGCGUUGUACCAAGAAGAGCUCAAGGAAUUGUCGAGCUGGUGGACUAGAUUAGACAUGGGAAAGAAACUUCCCUUUGCCAGAGAUAGGCUGGUGGCAUCUUAUCUGUGGGGUAUGGUGGCUUCAAGCGACCCUCAACAUAGAUCUUGCAGAGAAGCGAUGGCCAAAUCAGUGGAGCUGAUUGGUGUUUAUGAUGAUGUUUAUGAUGUUUAUGGUACACUGGAAGAGCUUGAACUCUUUACAAAUGUGGUCCAGAGGUGGGAUAUAAAUGCAAUGAAAGAGCUUCCGGACUACAUGAAGUUGUGCUUCUUGUCAUGGUACAACUUUGUCAAUGAAACAUCCUAUGACAUCCUCAGGGACCAUAACAUUGAUAUUUUACCCCACCAAAGAAAAUGGAUCAAUGAUUUAUUCAAGCGUUACUUGGUGGAGGCGCGGUGGUAUAACAGUCGAUACCAGCCAACACUAGAGGAGUACUUGGGGAAUACAUUUGUGACAGUAGCAGGCCCCAUUGUAGCUCUAUACGCCUACAUCUAUACAGCAAAUCCGAUCAAGAAAGAAGAACUAGAGUUCAUAGAGAACUUUUCUGAUAUUAUACGCUUGGCCUAUGAAAUUUUUCGGAUAAGUGAUGAUUAUGGAACUUCUGCGCCUGAGCAAGCGAGAGGAGAUGUUCCGUCCUCAGUAUAGUGCUACAUGUCGGAUGCUGGUGUUUCAGAAGAAGUUUCCCGCGAGCACAUGAUGGAUUUGAUGAGGAAGAAAUGGUCGCAAAUAAAUAAGCUCAGAUUUUCCGAAGAGUACAAUAAUCCUUUAUCGUGGCGUUAUGUGGAUAUCAUGCUGAAUGUGACGCGAAUAGCCCAUUAUUUGUAUAAUGCUGGAGAGGACAACUAUGGUGUCGAAGAUGGUUUAGUCAAGGCUACUCUGUAUUCCCUUAUCGUUGAGCCCAUCCCUCUCUGAAAAAUCAUAACUCUGCGUAUGUUAAUUUUGUCUUGGUGUUUGCUUUGGUGUGCCUUCAAGAAAACACCAUUAAUAAGUUUGUAUGAACGACGUAUGUGAGUUUUAAGGGAAGAGCUUCAUAUUGUAUCCUGCACUCUUUUCCAUAUAAAUUGUCUUUGGCUUUCUUGACAGAGCAAUCAAGUCUAAUAAAAUUUAACAUUUUAACUAC